UUUCCACCACCAUGGUUUUAAUGAUGCUUCAACUUCUCUGCCUUAUAAUGGCCAGCAGUGUCCCUGGUGGUGAAUCGUUGAACCUCAACUUACACCGUUCGCCGCUAGUGACGUCACCAAUGGACAAGCCGGCUGGCCGCACGCGGAGGUCUCUGGUGCCUCGUCAGAGCCUUCCCGGAAGUGUGGGAUUUGCAGUUUUCAGCGGGCGACAGUUCGACAUUCUACCUUUCCAAGGUAUCGUACCGCACACCAGCCAGCCGGCCAAUCAGCAGUCACGGCUCACCGGCUCGACCAAUCAGCGAGGCCGUCACACUGUGUCGACCAAUCAGAGCGGCCGGAAGAGGUUCGCGCCGACCAAUCACGGUGCUCGACGCAGCGUGACCGGCGGAAGUGCGCUCCGUCGGACGGGCAUUUUUGCAGCGCUAAAGAACAUCAGAAAUAAAUCAACUCGGCAGCAUCUUCGAUCUCCUCCUAGAAGACAAUUCUUCCAAAACUCCAAACUCAACUCAAUAACGCGCCAAAUCUUCCAAAUCAAGCAGACAACGCGAGGCAAUUCUGUCAGAACGAAAAGCGUGCUUAGUGGAUUGAGCCGCUUCCAGCAGAAACCGAGCCGCAAUGUGUUUCUCAGCAGCAUCACCAAAGGCGGCGGCAGCGGCGGCAGUGGUCUUCGGGGAUCCACCAAAACAACGUCGGCCUCGCCCAUAGGCAUCGUGGUGACAAGUCACGGUUUGCAGGCGCAUUCUCCUCCUAACGCACAAAAUAUGGAGACUUUUCUGAUCCAGAGAAAGCAUGGCCCCGGCCAUUAUGUGGAUGGAACUGCUGGAACUGGAACGCUGCUCUCCAGUCGUCCCGGUCAGUGCCCGGUGGUGGACCAGUCGCGGUGCCCCCCUCUGCCCAGCGGGCCCCUGCCCCCGUCCUGCAGUAACGACUACCAGUGUCGAGAGCCCACCACAAAGUGCUGCUACGACCCCUGCCUCACGGUCAGCAAGUGCGUUCGGCCCGUCGGAAUAUAAACGAUUCUCACCCUUAUUGGAAAACUGAUAGAAUGUCGAAAAACGGAGGUAGAAUUGAAUAUACCGCUAUCUGUCGCGUUGAGCUGGCCUUAACAAUGAGAACUGAUAGCAUUUGUAUAUUUUAGACGGAGACUAUAUCUUGUAUGCAUUAGGACGAUAGGUUAUCUACUGAAGCAUGUCAGCAAUGUCGAAUAAUACGUACUGCGAUUUGGAAAUAAUUAGACGUUUUCAACACCUUAGCUUAUUCGAGACAAGUGUAUCAAAACCUGUAUGGAACCGAAACUGAAGUACCGUGACAUCUUGUAACCACUUUAUUUGCCGCAUAAAUAAACAACAGUGGCUUGUAUG